CUCUCUCUCUCUCUCUCUCACACACACACACACACACACACACACACACACACACACACACACACACACACACACACACACACACACACACACACACACACACACACACUGGUUUAUGUUAAUGAGACGUCUCAAGGCGCAUGGGGAACAGGAGCCAUUUUUCCAUCAUUCUAGGAAAGUUACGCGGACCGAGCGGAGGUGCUGCUGCUGCUGAUCCGGUCGGUGUGAAUGAGUCCGUCCAUGUGAGAGCUGCUCCGGCCGGCCAAGGUUACUGCUGGACCCCCCCUCCUCUCCUCUUCGCCCCGCGGAGCGCCCGCUGAGAGCAUGGCUCUUCUGCAACAAAGGGAAACUUGCUGGAGGAAAGUUUAAAGAAAUAAGGAGCCGCAGCAUUUGGCACUUUUGUCCGCGGCUGAACUCAAACCGAGGAGCCAUGCACUUCGUUAAACAGGAUUUGCGACUGAUUUUGCUGUGGUGUAAACUGGUUUCGCUGGUGCGCUGUUACACCGUUCAUAUCGGCGAGGAUGCGGGACUAAGGACCGUGGUGACCGGGGAGGAGGAGCGUGGCGCACGGUGCAGUUUGGAUCAGGUGCUGGCGCCGGAGUUCACGGAGCGCUUUCUGGAGACUGACGCGGCGGCGGGCGUCGUGUUUGUUUCGGACUCCAUAAAUUGCGCCCUGCUGCCGUCAAACCCGUUCACUUUGUACACUGUGGCAGACUGCAGGGACUCCGGCCACAGGCACCUCCUCACCAGUCAGUACGAUGUACAUGUGCACGGUAGGAACUGUUCACACAUGCGUAAAAGGAAACCUCAGUGGGACAUGGAGGUCCUGAGUUUGUUAAGCCGCCACAGCUCAGAGUGCCACCAAGCAGACGCAGUUUUAUUUCCAGUGGGAGGUCUGCUGCCUGGUCCCCCGCUCCGCUGCAAGGUCGUCAACAAUCCCGAGUUUUACUUCUCAGAGGGGGGCUUGUUUGUGUCCGAGACUCUGUGCUGGAGACAGGAAACCCUCGUGGAGCUGGACAUGCUCUGUGAUAUACUCACAGGAAGUGGACUAAAUGUUUAUACAGUUUUUAUCCACUGGCGCGUGGGGCAGGGUCCUUUCAUGCAGGCACACAUACAGGAAGUCUUAGAAAGGGCAGCUCAGUCAGAUUCAGGUAUCGUGAGCAGGAGGAGGAGAAGCAUUAACAGCAGCCCCCAGUUUCAGCCCCCGAUGUACCAAGUGUCCGCUUCAGAAAACAGGCCGGUUGGCACUUCGGUAGUUCUUCUGAAAGCUGUGGAUGUGGAUGAGGGGGAGGCGGGCAGGCUGGAGUAUUUUAUAGAGGCUCUCUUUGACAGCCGCUCUAACAAUCUUUUUGCUGUGGACCCCUCAAGCGGUGUUGUCUCGACGGUAGAGGUGCUGGACAGGGAGACUAAAGACACCCAUGUGUUUCGUGUGACUGCAGUUGACCAUGGCACACCCCGGCGUACAGCUAUGGCCACCCUCACCAUCACAGUCAGUGACACCAAUGAUCACAAUCCUGUGUUUGAGCAGCAAGACUAUAAAGAAAGCAUCAGGGAGAACUUAGAAAUAGGCUAUGAGGUGUUGACUGUGAGGGCUACUGACGGGGAUGCACCUGCUAAUGGUAACAUCCUCUACCACAUCCUUAACAGUAAUGGGUCCAAUGAUGCAUUUGAGAUAGAUUCCAGGUCCGGUGUAAUCCGAACGAAAGGUUUGGUAGACAGAGAGGAGGUGGAGGCCUAUGUGUUGCUAGUUGAAGCAAAUGACCAGGGUCGUGACCCAGGGCCCCGCAGCGCCACUGCUACUGUUCACAUUGUGGUGGAAGAUGACAACGACAACGCUCCUCAGUUCAGUGAGAAACGCUACGUGGUCCAGGUGCCUGAGGACAUGACCCCUAAUACUGAGAUCUUACAGGUUACAGCCACAGAUCAGGACAGAGGAAACAAUGCUAUGGUCCACUUCAGCAUCAUGAGCGGAAACACACGCGGUCAGUUUUACAUUGAUGCUCAGACAGGUAAAUUGGACCUGGUGAGUCACUUGGAUUACGAAGCCAACAAAGAAUACACCCUAAGGAUCAGAGCUCAGGAUGGAGGACGGCCUCCGCUGUCCAACAUCAGUGGCUUGGUUACAGUACAGGUGCUGGAUGUCAACGAUAACGCCCCCAUUUUUGUCAGCACCCCAUUUCAGGCAACUGUACUGGAAAAUGUGCCUUUGGGUUACUCCAUCAUCCACAUCCAAGCUGUAGACGCAGACUCGGGGGAAAACUCCAGGCUGGAAUAUCGCCUCACUGAAACCACACCAAACUUUCCCUUUUCCAUCAACAACAGCACUGGAUGGAUUGUAGUGGCGGCAGAGCUGGAUAGAGAGAGUGUAGAUUUUUACAACUUUGGAGUGGAGGCCCGCGACCACGGCUACCCUCUCAUGUCAUCCUCAGCUAGCAUCAGCAUGACAAUUCUAGACGUAAACGACAACAACCCGGAGUUCACUCAGAAAGCAUAUUACAUGCGUCUGAAUGAGGAUGCAGCUGUGGGCACCAGUGUGGUGACAGUAUCAGCUGUGGACCAGGACAUCAACAGUGUGGUGACUUAUCAGAUAUCCAGUGGAAACACUCGGAACAGGUUCUCCAUCACAAGUCAAAGCGGAGGCGGUCUGAUUACCCUGGCGCUGCCCUUAGACUACAAGCUAGAACGCCAAUACGUCCUCACAGUCACCGCUAGCGAUGGUACCCUCUUUGACACCUCUAAGGUGUUCGUAAAUGUCACCGAUGCCAACACACACCGGCCCGUGUUUCAGAGCUCACAUUAUACGGUCAACAUUAAUGAGGAUCGAGCUGUUGGCACCACUGUGGUUGUCAUAAGUGCCACAGACGAAGAUACAGGUGAGAACGCACGCAUCACCUAUUUUAUGGAUGACAACAUUCCUCAGUUUGACAUUGACCCAGACACAGGAGCUGUCACCACACAGAUAGAGCUGGACUACGAGGACCAGGUUUCUUACACAUUAGCCAUCACAGCUCGGGACAACGGCAUCCCGCAGAAAUCUGACACCACCUAUCUAGAGAUACUGGUGAAUGACGUAAACGACAACUCCCCUCGUUUCAUCAGAGACCACUAUGUGGGCUCUGUGAUGGAGGAUGUGCCGGUGUUCACCAGCGUGGUGCAGGUCUCCGCCAUCGACAGAGACUCCGGGCUCAACGGGCGGGUUUUCUACACUUUCCAGGGAGGGGAGGAUGGAGAUGGGGACUUCAUAAUUGAAUCUACCUCUGGCAUCGUACGCACGCUGCGCAGACUAGACAGAGAAAAUGUGCCUGUUUACAGCCUGCAGGCUUUUGCUGUAGAUAAAGGCGUUCCUGCUCUGAAAACACCAGUGCACAUACAUGUAACAAUCCUGGAUGUGAAUGAUAACCCUCCUGUGUUUGAAAAGGAUGAGUUUGACAUCAUGGUGGAGGAAAACAGCCCUAUAGGUGUUGUGGUUGCACACAUAUUAGCAACGGACCCAGAUGAAGGCAGUAAUGCGCAGAUUAUGUAUCAGAUAGUGGAAGGGAACAUCCCAGAGGUGUUUCAGUUGGACAUAUUCUCUGGAGAACUGACUGCAUUAAUAGAUCUGGAUUACGAGCUGAGGUCUGAGUACGUCAUCGUGGUCCAGGCCACCUCUGCUCCUUUGGUCAGCCGGGCCACCGUUCACAUUAAACUCGUUGACAAGAACGACAACGUACCUGUUCUUAAAAACUUCCAGAUCAUCUUUAAUAACUACGUAACGGACAAGUCAAGCAGCUUUCCCACGGGAGUGAUCGGACGCAUCCCUGCUUUCGACCCGGAUGUUUCGGACCAGCUCCACUACAGCUUUGAGGCUGGAAACGAGCUGAACCUCGUCCUCCUGAACCAAAGCACGGGGGAGAUUCAGCUGAGCCAGGCACUGGAUAACAACCGGCCUCUGGAGGCCUCCAUGAGGAUCUCGGUGUCAGAUGGGAUCCACUCUGUGUCGGCUCAGUGUCUUCUCCAAGUCACCAUCAUCACAGAUGAGAUGCUGUCCAACAGCAUCACCUUACGUCUGGCUAACACCUCUCAGGAGCACUUCCUGUCUCUGCUGCUGACCCAGUUCAUGGACGGAGUGGCCCGGGUCCUGUCCGCUUCUCCCGAAGAUGUGGUCGUCUUCAACAUCCAGGAUGACACAGACGUCAGCGCUCGCAUCCUUAACGUCAGCUUAUCUGUGGCUGUGCCCGUGUUUGGAGAGGGUCAACAUAAAGGUCUUGGGAGUGACAGAGGGCUUCGAACCGGGGAGUUUUUCUGCUCAGAGGAACUCCAGGAAAGGCUGUACUUGAACCGCAGCCUUCUGACGCAGAUCUCCUCACAGGAAGUUCUUCCCUUUGAUGACAACAUCUGCCUGCGGGAGCCGUGUGAGAACUACAUGAAGUGUGUGUCCGUGCUGAAGUUUGACAGCCUAGCGCCGUUUGUGUCGUCUGAUACCAUCCUGUUCCGACCCAUCCACCCCAUCGCUGGGCUGCGCUGCCGCUGCCCCACCGGCUUCACUGGAGACUACUGCGAGACGGAGAUCGACCUCUGUUACUCCAAACCGUGUGGCGCCAACGGUGUGUGUCGCAGCAGGGAGGGCGGCUUCACCUGUGAGUGCUCCGAGGACUACACAGGCGAGCGCUGCGAGCUGUCCUCCCGUUCAGGUCGAUGCGCUCCGGGAGUCUGCAGGAAUGGAGGCGCCUGCGUGAACCUGUUGGUCGGCGGCUUCAAGUGCGAGUGUCCGCCGGGCGGCUACGACAAGCCCUACUGUGAGAUGACCACACGCAACUUCCCCCCAAACUCCUUCCUCACCUUCAAGGGCCUCCGUCAGCGCUUUCACUUCACCCUCUCACUCACAUUUGCCACCAAAGAACAAAAUGGUUUAUUGCUCUACAACGGACGCUUUAACGAGAAACACGACUUCAUCGCCAUGGAGAUCAUCAGUGAGCAGAUACAGCUUACCUUCUCUGCAGGAGAAACCAAGACCACAGUUUCUCCUUUUAUCCCAGGAGGAGUCAGUGAUGGUCAGUGGCACACGGUGGAGGUUCACUACUAUAACAAGCCGAUCCUGAACCAGGCGGGCCUGCCUCAGGGCCCCUCGGACCAGAAGAUGGUCGUUGUGACCGUGGACAACUGUGACUCCUCUGUGGCGCUGAGGUUUGGUCAUGCGAUCGGAAACUACUCGUGUUCAGCUCAAGGGAGCCAAACAGGAUCCAAAAAAUCUCUCGACCUGACCGGGCCCCUGCUCCUCGGCGGAGUCCCCAAACUCCCAGAAGACUUCCCUGUUCAAAACCAGCAGUUUGUGGGAUGUAUGAAGAACCUGCGCAUCGACAACCAGCACAUAGACAUGGCCGGCUUCAUCGCUAACAAUGGCACCAUGCCAGGAUGCUCUGCUAAAAGACAUUUCUGCAACAACAACCCGUGUCUGAACGGAGGGACCUGCGUGAACCUGUGGGGCUCCUUCAGCUGCGACUGCCCACUUGGAUUUGGAGGGCAGAACUGUGAGAGAGCCAUGGCCAACCCGCUGCGUUUCCAGGGUAACAGUCUGUUGCAGUGGAGCAACCUGGAGGCGGCGGCUGCCUCCACCCUCUGGCACAUCGAGCUCAUGUUCCGCACUCGUCAGUCCAGCUCCACGCUGCUUCACAUCGCCUCCGGCCUGCAGCACAACCUCACCCUGCAGAUUCGAGGGGGGAGCAUGCUGAUGGGGCUGCACAGGGGGGAGGACUCCACUCUGUCCCGUGUGGAAGAGGUGCUGGUGAACGACGGAGACUGGCAUCAUCUACAGCUGGACAUCAGCAGCCUGGGAGGAGCGGCGAGCCACCACAAGGCAGUGCUGUCGUUAGAUCACGGCCUCUACCUGGCCAACAUGGAGGUGGACGGAAAGCUGAGGGACUCCAAGCUGAAGACUGUGAACGUAGGCGGUUUGGCAAAGCCUGAUGGGAAAAUUCAACAUGGCUUUCGAGGCUGCCUACAGGGUCUGCGUGUUGGAGGAGCUCUGAGUUUCACUCAGGCCAGGAAAGUAAACGUGGAGUCGGGCUGCAGCGUGCCCGACCCGUGCAGCUCUAAUCCCUGUCCCGCCAGCAGCUACUGCAGCGACGACUGGGACAGCUACUCCUGCACCUGCCUCAGCGGUUACUAUGGAACAAACUGCACAGAUGCGUGCUCACUCAAUCCCUGUGAACACGCGUCGCUGUGCACCAGGAAGCCAGGCUCCUCUCACGGUUACACCUGCAACUGUCCCAGGAACUAUUUCGGCCAAUACUGCGAGAAAAAGACUGAUUUGCCGUGUCCUAGAGGCUGGUGGGGUCACAAGACCUGCGGGCCGUGCAACUGUCCUACAGACAGAGGUUUUGAUUCAGACUGCAACAAGACGAGUGGAGAGUGUCGCUGUAAGGACAACCACUACCGUCCUGAAGGCAGCGACACCUGCCUGCUGUGUGACUGCUACCCCGUCGGCUCGUUCACCAGAUCCUGCGACAGAGAGAGCGGACAGUGUCGGUGUAAAGCCGGCGUCAUCGGGCGUCAGUGUGAUGGCUGUGACAACCCGUUCGCCGAGGUCUCUCCUAAUGGCUGUGAAGUGAUUUAUGACAGCUGCCCUCAGACCAUCGAGGCUGCGAUAUGGUGGCCCAGGACCAAGUUUGGUCUCCCUGCAGCAGUUCCCUGCCCCAAGGGAACUCUCGGCACAGCCAUCAGACACUGUGAUGAGCACAAAGGCUGGCUUCCUCCAAAUCUGUUCAACUGCACCUCCGUCACCUUCAGCAAACUCAAAACUCUGGCUGAUAAGUUUUCCCAUAACGCCUCCCUCCUCCAUCCUGGACACGUUCAGCAGACGGCGGCCAUGUUGGCCAACGCCACCUCCCACACCCAGGAGUUGUACGGCAGCGACGUGAAAGUGGCGUACCGCCUCACCCUGAGCCUGCUGCAGCACGAGAGCAGCCAACACGGCUUCAACCUCACGGCCACACAGGACGUCCACUUCACCGAGAAUCUGGUCAACGUGGGCAGCGCCAUCCUGUCUCCAAACACGCGGCCGCACUGGGAGCUGAUCCAGCACACGGAGGGUGGCACGGCGGCGCUGCUGCGGCGCUACGAGGAAUAUGCUAACACACUGGCUCAGAACAUGCGGAAGACCUACCUGAGCCCCUUCACCAUCGUCACACCAAACAUCGUCAUUUCUGUUGACCGUCUGAAGAAGAUGAAUUUCGCCGGAGCCAAACUGCCGCGGUACCAGUCCCUGAGAGGCCCCCGUCCCACGGACCAGGAGACCGCUGUCACCCUCCCUGAUUCGGUCUUUCAGCCGCCGAUGGACAACAGGGGCCACAGACACCUGGAUGUUUUCCCAGAAACUUUGCUGAAGAACCGCUCAGGUCACAGGAAGAGACGCCACCCGGAUGACAGCCCGCAGGACGCCAUUGCCAGUGUGAUCAUCUUCCACAGCCUGGCCUCACUUUUGCCAGAGAGCUAUGAUCCAGACAAGAGGAGUCUGCGCUUACCGAAGCGUCCGGUCAUCAACACGCCGGUGGUCAGCAUCACCGUUCACGACAAUGAGGAGCUGCUGCAGCACACGCUCGACAAACCCAUCACUGUGCAGUUCCGCCUGGUCACCACCGAGGAGCGCUCUAAACCCAUCUGUGUCUUCUGGAACCACACCAUCCUCUCUGGGAGCGGCGGCUGGUCGGCGAAGGGCUGCGAGGUGGUUUUCAGAAACAGCAGCCACAUCAGCUGUCAGUGUUAUCACAUGACCAGCUUUGCUGUGCUGAUGGACGUCUCCAGGAGGGAGAACGGAGAGAUCCUGCCCAUCAAGAUCCUGACAUGGAGCACAGCCGGCGUGACGCUGGGCUUCCUCUUCCUCACCACGGUCUUCCUCCUGGGUCUGAGAGCCAUGCAGAGCAACAAGACCAGCAUCAUCAACAACGGAUCCUCUGCUCUCUUUCUGUCUGAACUCAUCUUUAUCCUGGGAAUCAACCACGCUGACAGCCCGUUCCUCUGCACAGUCAUUGCCAUCCUGCUGCACUUCUUCUACCUCUGCUCGUUCUCCUGGCUUUUCCUGGAGGGGCUCCAUGUGUACCGCAUGAUCAGUGAAGUGAGAGACAUCAACUAUGGACCCAUGAGGUUUUACUACCUCAUCGGCUGGGGAUUUCCCGCCUUCAUCACAGGUCUGGCGGUGGGACUGGACCCUGAAGGCUACGGUAAUCCAGACUUCUGUUGGCUGUCCAUGUACGACACGCUGAUCUGGAGCUUCGCAGGACCCAUCGCCUUGGUGGUGUCGAUGAACAUCUUCCUGUACAUCCUGUCCUCCAGAGCCUCCUGCUCUCUGAAACACAGCGGCAUCGAGAAGAAGGAGCCUCGAGUCAGCUCAGGCCUGAAAACUGCAGGUGGCGUCCUCUUUCUGGUUUCUGUCACCUGCUUUCUGGCUCUUCUGUCUGUCAACAGCGACAUCCUCAUCUUCCACUACCUGUUUGCAGGUUUUAACUGUGUCCAGGGUCCCUUUGUUUUCUUUUUCCGCAUCGUCUUCAAUAAAGAAGCAAGGAAAGCUAUGAAAUACUGCUGCAGCCGAAAACGUCCGGACCACAUGAUCAAAGCUAAAGCAUCAAGCUAUAAAGGGAACAGCAGCAGCAAUGUGGACGGCAGGUUGUACCACCUCCCGUUUGGUGAGUCCAGUGCAUCUCUGAACGGCACCAUGCAGAGUGGAAAGAGCCUGCAAAGCUACGUCCCCUUCGUCCUGCGGGAGGACGGGUUAAACACCAGCCAGGCGCACAUCGCUCUGAAUGACCACGCCUCUCUCUUCCAUGAGACAAAGGAGCACGUUAAUGAUCAUGACAGCGACUCGGACAGCGAUCUGUCUUUGGAGGAUGACCAGAGCGGCUCCUACACCUCCACACACUCAUCUGACAGCGAGGAUGACGAGGGUCCCCUCCCACCAGAGGAAUGCUGGGAAAACCUGGCAUCGAAUGGCACAAAGAGACCACAGACACACGACACCAGUUUGGGGAAGAUGCUCUGGUCUGGAGACUUCUCAGGAGUAGUAGGUGAUGGUGAGUUCUCAGGUGGAGACAACGUGAUGAUGGAGACUCCAGAACUGGUCCUGGGUCGUAGUGUUAGAGCAUUGUCAGAAGACCGGUCGCAGGAGUCCAUGACGGUGCUGCUGCCCUCUCUCCCAAACAUCUACAGCCAUCCUCACAAAGGGAUCCUAAAGAAGAAGCAGCUCUCUCCCAUCGUGGAGAGGAACAGCCUCCAUCACGUCUAUAGUGAAGUGUGUGAAAACACACCGGGCACGGUGUCCCCUCAGGGGUCCUCCUCCAGCGAGACCCGAUCUGCUCCGGCCAGACCAGGCCUGUCCGAUCAGCUGAAUGGCGUCGCUCUGAGCAUCAAGGCUGGGACGGUGGACGGUGACUCGUCAGGGUCCGACAGCCACUGCAACACGUCCAUGUGACCUCUGUGACCUCGCUGACGGAGGGGUGUGUCUUUGCAGGUCAUAGAUCCUCUCUCCUCAACAGUUCUUGCCAACGAGGAGGCCCAGACAUCCCCUUCAACAAAAUGAGGAAAAACAAGGAGUUCCUCUGAAGGAGUGUGUGUGUGUGUGUGUGUGUGUGUGUGUGUGUGUGUGUGUGUGUGUGUGUGUGUGUGUGUGUGUGUGUGUGUGUGUGUGUGUGUGUGUGCCAAACUUCAGGAGUCACCACACACCGACAGAAAAAGCCUCCCUUUAAAGAAAUUGUUUUGUUUACAUACUUGAAGAAAUGCACUUUUUUUGUUUUACCGCCCAGAUUUGUAGGUGAUCAACCGUUUUUAUUUUGUUUCAGGAUUUAUUGAUACAUUUUAAAAACUGUGGGACAGUUUUUUUUUUUUUUUUUUUGGGUGGGUCAUUUGGUUUUAGACUCAAACCUUCAGGGAAAUGUUCUUUUUGUUGCUGUGUCAGACUCGGAGGUCUGAGUUGUGACAGAACCAGGGGUUCUGGGUCGACACCGGGACUCUUCCUGCGCUCAUGAACUCUAAACUGAACUUGAAAACAGGACGAUAAUCUGCCUGUUGAGGGAUGCUCCCUAUAAGCUACGUCUCAUCACUGUUGGUUUUUUUUUUUUCCGGCUGAUUCAAGCUGCACAAACUCAAAACCUUCGAAUCUGCAUUUAAAGACUCAGAGGGCUUUUUUAUUCAACUUUUUUUCUUUUUUUUUUUUUCUUUUUACAGAUUAUUUUAUUUUUCAACAUCAGAAGGAUGAAAACUUUUGGGCUGAAUGACUAAACUGCUGUAUUUCAUAGAUUAGGACCAGAGAUGGUUUCAUUUUGUAAAAGUAAAUAAAUAUUUACAGAUUUGAGCUGUAAUCCAUUUUUCCUGUACAGAUGGCUGUAAAUGAAUCCAGAACAUAUCUUAAACGUGAGUAGAAGUCACUCGGGGGAAGGGGAGGGUCUAUCUGCUGAUGCCAUUUUUAUGAACAACACAGUUUAAUGUAUAAAAUCAUCUGAUCGGGAUCACCGAGUCAUGGUGUUGUAACACUGAUGUCCAAACAAACGAUUGUCUCUUUAUUCCUGUUUUUACCAAUUAAAAACUGUUUUGUACCAA